AACUUUCACUUUAAAUGUAGGUCAGCAGGAUGUUCAAGUGAAUGUUCUCGUUAUAGCUGAUUCUUGCUAACUAAUUUGGCUGUUAAUACAUGCUGUUAAUAGCUUUUGCCUGCUUUUUUCUCCAGGUACAUUCCUUAAUUAGUUGAACACUUCUACCGAAGCAAGUUUACCUGUUAGCCAUUGAAAAUGUUCGGGCUUAAGAAAUCACCCUUGCAUCUGAAUGCUAAAAACCACUCUGUGAAUCCUGGAUUCCAUGGUUAUUCUAGUUCAAAUCCUUUUGAUUCUGACAAUGAAUCUGACAGCAAGCUAACUAUAACACCUGCACGGAGAACUUCGUCAGAGCCUUCUCUAAUUACUCCACAUUUGAAUACAAACCCUUUUGAUGAUGAUGAUAUUAAAGGGACUCAUUCAUCUGCUUACUCCACGACUUCAACAGCAAGAAACAGAUACAAGAAUGACUUCCGGGACUCUGGAGGAUUUGAGAACCAAACAGUACAGGAGUUGGAAAACUAUGCUGUACACAAGGCUGAAGAGACAACAAAGACUGUUAACAGCUGCCUGAGGAUUGCAGAAGACAUGAGACAGGACGCAACAAAAACUUUGAUCACCUUACAUCAGCAAGGUGAACAAAUUACAAGAACCCACACAACUGCAGCUGACAUUGACCAUGACCUUAGCAGAGGUGAAAAACUCUUGGGCAGUCUAGGAGGCUUGUUUUCUAAGACUUGGAAGCCUAAGAAGACUCGCCCAAUUACAGGGCCAGUAAUUACUAGAGAUGAUCCAGUUCAAAGAAAGGGUAACCACCUGGAGCAGAGAGAGAAGUUGGGGUUGAGCUCUGGACCCAAGGGACGCGCCAGUUCACGGAUACCACCACCAGAACCUACAAACGCACUACAGCAAAUUGAGGUUGAGAAGGCAAAGCAAGAUGACGCAUUAUCAGAUCUCAGUAACCUGUUGGGAGAGCUCAAAGAUAUGGCUCUUGACAUGGGGUCUGAAAUUGGGAGGCAGAACAAAGCCCUGGAUCAUCUUCAAGAUGAUGUGGAUGAGCUCAAUUUCCGAGUUAAAGGUGCCAACCAGCGUGGCCGCCGCUUACUUGGAAAGUAACCAGCAUUUAUCUUUUGGAUCUCCUGUAUUAGCACGAGAUAUUAACAUGCUCUUUUCUUUUAGUUACAUUGUUAUUUCAACUCCUCUAGAGUCCUUCGCAAAUCUCUCAUCUUCCUUCUUUUUUCCUUCCUCUUUUCUUUUUCAUUAAUCCAAUUCCUUUAUCUGUUACUUCUGUAAGUUUUGUACACGGUUGACAUCAGAUCGAGUUAAUCAAUCAAUUUCCUGGUAAUCUGAAUACAGAUCAACAAAUUGCACUAACCA